AUGAAUUUUUUGAUGCGAUCUUCUGCACAUGUAUCUAUAGAACGCGCAAAUAUUCCCCCUAUCCCUGAAUCACAAACAGAUAUAUAUAGUAGAUCAACAACUGGAGCAAGUUUGGAAUCCUUUAUAUCUGAAGAUCCAUAUACACGUUAUUCUGCAACUGAAGAGCAUGAUGGAGAAAUGAGUGGAGUUGGAAGUGAAAGUAGCAGCAAGACUGGUCGAAAUUCAAAGGAUGAGUUAUUUAAGCACUCUGACGUCUCAGAAGAAGAAGGAUGGAUUACAAUUCCAUAUAAGGAAAUCCCUGAAAAUUGGAACCAGACGUCAGACAUAGAAUCCCUACGUUAUCUUGACCGUUCCUUUCUUUUCCCUGGUGAACAAAUUCAUAUCCUAGCAUGCUUGUCUGCAUGUAACCAGGAUAGUGAGAUUAUUACUCCAUUUAAAAUUGCUGCGGUGAUGAUUAAGAAUGGCAUCGGCCACAGCUCUGAGGGAGAGCAUGAAUAUGUUGAACAUGGAAAUAAUUUAAUAUCAAAGGAAGCGGAAAUGAGUCCUAGUAGUCAAGAGACAAACUGUGAAUCUCUUCUUAGGAUGGAGGAGCACAAAAGAAGAACUGAGUCGUUAUUGCAAACAUUUGAGAAUUCUCAUUUCUUUAUGAGAAUUGCUGAAUCUGAUGAGCCACUUUGGUCCAAAAGAGAUGUUUCAGAACAAAUUUCCAACUCAACUGAAACAAAAAGUCAAAAGACCUCAACAAUUGGAAUCAAAGCAGCUGCAAUAAAGAAGUCUUCUAUUAGUACAAUUAUUGAUAGAGGAAAGUUUGAUACAACCAUAUCUAGUGGAAUGGCUAGAAAUUCUACUAAAUGUUUCGCUCUUCCUAAUGGAGACAUAGUGGUUCUUUUACAGGUAAAUGUUGGUGUUAAUUUUCUUAGAGACCCUUGCAUAGAAAUUCUCCAAUUUGAAAAGUUUGAGGAGAAAAUUUUGUCUCCUAAGAACCAGUAUAAUUCAUUUUCUACCAAAAAGCAACCAUGUGAAGAACUAUUAAAAUGGCUACUUCCUUUAGAUAAUAUUACUCCUUCUCCAGCUCGAUCCUUGUCACCUCCUCAUUUAAGUUCCAAUCCAGCAAUUGGUAUUACUGUUCAGAGAUCUAACUAUUCAACAGCGUCUGGCUCCCAGCUAUUCUCCUUUACCCAUUUUAGAAGUUACUCCAUGUCAUCAUUACCUCAUAACACAAACUUGCCAACUGCACCUAUUAAAGCAGCUAGUUCUAAGCCAAGCUUUGACCUUAAUGAUUGGGAUCCACAGAAGUUUUUAAGAAAGAAUGCCAAGGCAGAAGAACUUUUAUCUUUUCGAGGUGUCUCAUUAGAGAGAGAAAGAUUUUCUGUUCAGUGUGGAUUAGAAGGCAUCUAUACACCAGGAAGAAAGUGGAGAAGAAAGAUCGAAAUAAUUCAACCUGUAGAAAUUCAUUCCUUCCAUGCCGACUGCAACUCAGAGGAUCUUCUUUGUGUGGAGAUUAAGAAUGUUGCUCCAGCACAUGUUCCAGAUAUUGUGAUAUUUGUAGAUGCCAUAUCACUUGUCUUUGGGGAGGCUACGGACAGCGGAACACCUUCAUCAUUACCAAUUGCAUGCAUUGAAGCUGGAAACGACCAUUCUUUACCAAAUCUAUCUCUCAGGAGAGGGGAAGAACAUUCUUUUAUACUUAAACCAGCAAUUUCUAUGUGGAAAAAUAUAGAGAUUCAAGGGAAGAAUUCUCAGUCAUCAAAGUUUCAAUCUGCAAGACUAGCACCAAAAUUGAAUAUUUCCACCAACAAUCUUGAAAGAAGAAAAAUUGCUAUAAUUGAUGAUAAAUAUGCUAUUAUGGUAUCAUGCCGAUGCAACUAUACAGCAUCAAGGUUAUUCUUUAAGCAUCCAACCAGUUGGCAACCACGUACUUCAAGGGAUAUUAUGAUAACUGUUGCAUCUGAGAUGUCAAGACAUUGUCUUGCAUCUAAUGAAAGAAACUCCCAACUUCCUAUCCAGGUUUUAACUCUUGAAGUUUCUAAUUUGACAUCAGAAGAUCUAACUUUAACAGUACUGGCUCCGGCCUCGUUUACUUCACCACCUUCAGUGGUUUCACUUAAUUCACCAACCACACCUGUGAGUCCUUUUGUUGGGUUCACAGAAUGUUUGGGGAGAGUCAAUAGUGAAAGACACGAUGGUGAAGAGUGUGAGAAACAAAAAGACAAUGACGUACCUCAGACUGAUUCCAUUAAUGAUGAUAUUGUCCCCAACUCUGACUUGAUUUGUUCACAUCUAUGGCUACAUAGUAGAGUUCCUUUAGGACCUACUCCAUCUCAAUCUUCAGCCACCAUCAAGCUCGAGCUACUUCCAUUGAUUGAUGGUAUAAUUAUACUUGACACUCUACAAAUUGAGGUAAAAGAAAAAGGUGUUACAUAUGCCUCUGAGUGCUCACUAAAGGUAAAUGCAACUUCCAGCAUUUUUUGCGGGGAUUAA